UACAGUGGGAAUGUGGACAUUAUCCUGUCAGCAGAGGACAGUGAGUGGGAAUCCUGUCGGGAAUCGGAGAAAACGGAUUCUUUAGGGAAAGCAGAAGGCAAGAGUGCGUGGAAUCUGGGCUUACUUCCGUGUUUUCCUGCUUCUUCACAUCUGGACGUGUUUAUCAUCUCACUUGCGCUUUAGAGGAGCAUGCUGGUGGAAAACAGGAGCUUGAGGUUCUUCGCUGCUUUGCUGGUUCUCCUCCAGUCCAGUUCAUAUGUGACCAGUGCAGAUCAUGAUUCCAGACCCAACUUCGUCCUGAUGAUGGUGGAUGAUCUGGGCAUUGGAGACAUCGGUUGCUAUGGAAACGACACCAUCAGCACACCAAACGUGGAUCGUCUGGCGGCAGACGGAGUGAAACUGAGCCAGCAUCUCGCCGCCGCUCCGCUCUGCACUCCCAGCAGAACCGCCUUCAUGACGGGACGCUACGCUCUGCGCGCCGGUCUAGGCAGCACAGGCCGAGUUCAGGUGAUUCUGUUUCUCGCUGGAUCUGGAGGACUUCCACCGAAUGAAACCACCUUCGCCAAACUCCUGCAGAAGCAGGGCUACACCACCGGCAUCGUGGGUAAGUGGCAUUUAGGUGUGAACUGCGAGAGCAGGAACGAUCACUGCCAUCAUCCCAACAAUCACGGCUUCGACUUCUUCUACGGGCUUCCCUUCACCAACUUCAAUGACUGCAAACCCGGAGCGGGGAAAGGUGUGCUGGUGGAUGUGCAGGAGAUGCUGUGGCAGAUGUCUGCGCUGCUGGCGCUGGCGUCUCUCACGCUGCUCGCGGUCCGAGCCUCGGCUCUGCUGCGGGUCAGCUGGACGCUCGCGGCGUUUCUGGCCAUUCUGUCGCUGCUGGGCUUCACGGCGUGGUUCGUGCCGUUUGAACUCCUGCGGACCUGGAACUGCAUCAUCAUGAGGAACGGCGAGGUGGUGGAGCAGCCCGUGAAGCUGGAGACGCUGAGCGCCAGGCUGAUGAGCGAAGCCGAGCGGUUCGUGGAGAGACACAAAGACGGGCCCUUCCUGCUCUUCCUGUCAUUGGCACACGUGCACACGCCCCUCUUUGUGUCCGAGGGCUUUACCGGAAAGAGCAAACAUGGGCUGUACGGGGACAACGUCGAAGAAGUGGACUGGAUGGUGGGUAGAAUGAUGGAGACCAUUGAAAGGCUCGGCCUGUCCGAGAAAACCUUGAUGUACUUCACCUCUGACCACGGUGGCCACAUCGAAGAGGGUCCGAAAGGAGGCUGGAAUGGAAUCUAUCGAGGUGGUAAAGCCAUGGGCGGCUGGGAGGGAGGAAUCCGAGUUCCGGGAAUAUUCCGCUGGCCUGGACGUCUCAACCCGAGACGAGAAGUGGCAGAACCAAGUUCCGGGAUCCGCUGGCCUGGACGUCUCAACCCGGGACGAGAAGUGGCAGAACCAACAAGUCUGAUGGAUGUUUUUCCCACAGUGGUGAAGCUGGCAGGCGGAACGCUGCCGGAGGACAG